AUGCGACCCGUCAUGCGCCUGCCUCUUCGCGAGGCGCUCUACGUCUGCUCGAAUUGCAGGCAAGGAGCCGCACCGCGCGUUUCUCCCCUGGCCCGCCAAUUCCAACUCCAAACCCGUCGCUACGCCUCCGACAACUCUCCGACCUUCCUCGAAAGAACCCGUCGCAAGCUUUGGGACGGCGAAAAACCCCCGACCGGACUGUCUGAGGGCACAUCGGAGACCAAGGGCGAGCUGGCUCUGGGAGAUGGAUACGUGCAGGCGGAGACUUGGGAGGGAUUGACCAGUGUUGGUUACCUGCCCAAGGACGAGUGGAAGCAGACAGGUUCCGCCCGUAACGAUGUAUAUCACCGAUUCGGUCGCGAAACUCGGAUCCGUCCUACUCUCACCGCGGCUCAUCAGACUGCCGUCGAGAUCUGCUUGCUGCAACUCCUUGGCAAGGAUUUGACCAGCAUCUGCCAUGUCGACCACCACAACGAGCAAAUUCGAGUCAUGCUGGAGAAGUGUACAGUGCAGGCCACCGAGACCGGUCAAUGGGAGAUUAAGUUCCCCGAUGCGCAGACCAAGGAGGCUCUUGUCUUCGUGUUCAACCAAAUCGGCGGCGGAGAGCCCAACAACCAGAUCGAGUCUACCGGUGACUUUGUCGAGCGCGACCCGAAAGCUGAAUCCUACCGGGCUCUCUCCAUUGCCGACUCUGAUAUUAAGUUUGCCUACAUCAAGCGUCUGUCUCAGCUUAUCGGCCGCCGCAUCCCGGACAAGUUCAUUAGCGCCUCGAACACCGUCGACGAACUCAUUCAGGCGCUCUCAUCCAAGCUGAAGGAGAAACCUGUCGAUGUCAACCGGAGGCUUUCCAAGCAAUGGGCCGCCGGAAACUUGCCCCCCAACCUCGGAUUCCACUCCUCGCGCCUCAGCCGCGGCGACCGCGACGAGGACUUCGGCCGGAAGAAGGCCAUCCACGCCGAAUACUUCGAGCGUGGUCUUGUCUUUCCCCGGGAGGGGAAGAAGAAGGCCAUAUCCCAGAAUGCGGAGUAG